GCGGCCGCCAUUUUGUACGAGCCGCCGGCGGGGCAGCGCAGGCUUGGGAGCCGCGGGGAACGAGCUGGGCUCUUCCCUGCGCCGCCAUGCCUUCUUCGCCGCUCCGUGUGGCCGUGGUGUGCUCGAGCAACCAGAACCGCAGCAUGGAGGCACACAAUAUCCUCAGCAAACGAGGAUUCAGCGUCCGAUCCUUUGGAACAGGAACUCACGUGAAACUGCCAGGACCAGCACCAGACAAACCAAAUGUUUAUGAUUUCAAAACAACAUAUGAUCAGAUGUACAAUGAUCUGCUUAGGAAAGACAAAGAACUAUACACACAGAAUGGGAUUUUACAUAUGUUGGACAGAAAUAAGAGAAUCAAGCCACGACCGGAGAGGUUCCAGAACUGCAAAGACGUUUUUGAUUUGAUCCUAACGUGUGAAGAAAGAGUCUAUGAUCAAGUAGUAGAAGACUUAAAUUCCAGAGAGCAAGAGACAUGUCAGCCAGUGCAUGUGAUCAAUGUGGACAUUCAGGAUAACCAUGAGGAGGCAACGCUGGGUGCCUUCCUUAUCUGUGAGCUCUGCCAGUGUAUACAGCACACAGAAGACAUGGAAAAUGAAAUAGAUGAGCUGUUACAGGAAUUUGAAGAGAAAAGUGGAAGGACUUUUCUUCAUACUGUCUGCUUUUAUUAAAGCACAUCUGUCUCCUAGGCCUUAAUACAGAUGAGAGAAGCAUGUGUUUAAAGUUCUGAUUAUACUGUAUUUUCCUGGAAAAUGAAUAUUGAUUUGUUUUGUUUUGUUCAAGACUCCUCUUCAGUGGUUGUUUUGGUUUCAGGUAUUCUGUCACAGGCAGGCAGAGAUACCAGUUGAAUUGUACAUAUGCAAAGUAUGCACAAAGGCCACCUAUUUAAAAAUGAAAAUCAAGAUUUCCUUUAAAUCCUACUUCAAUUGUUACGAGUAGGCUUUUAAUUAUAAAGAGAGUAUUUCUUGAAUAUAAGUUUAUAAUGUAUUUUUCCAGCUUAAAAGUUUAUUUUAUUUCAGUUGUGCUUUCUUUUUUUUUUUAUUAUUUUAAUGUGACAGAAUGGCUGAACUAUGUGAAGAUAUGAAUGGAGCGAUGACAAAUGAGUUAUCUGUAUAUUAUUAGAUAUAAGAUUGGAAGCAUCCAAUAAAAAUGAAAAACCUGCAAGUCUGUCUGUUUCUGAAAUAGAAGCCAGGCAAGCUGUGAGUGCUCUGCAAGGUCUGGACGGGAGCUGGAAGAGCUGCUCUGGCCCUGGCUUGGAGGCACUGGUGUUUGGGCACAUUCCCUUGGUGGUUGAUCCUGUGUUGAACCCAACCCAACUGCUUUCUCCACGUGAAUUUGGGCACCUCCACUAAAUCUUUUUCGGGUCUUCAUUGCUUUUGAAUGACUGUAUGUGAGACUGAAAUAUAAGGGUGGAACUGUAGCUGUCAGGGCCCAACUGUAUAUAUGUCUUCUAUAAGGAGGAAGGGGAGAAACUGCAAACUCCGCUGUUAAUAGAAAUGGUUUGAAGCUUUGUUAACUGAAAUGUCUUUGAAUGGAAAUAUUCUCUGCACAUACAGCAAUAAUAAACGUGUUUGUCACAGCCUGCAAUCCA